AUGAACUUCCCAGGUUAGACAGUGCCCGCUCCUGCAUCCAGGACCACCAGGGAGCUGCUGGGAGAGACCUUCAUCAGUGCCCCUCCAUGCCCAGCCCAGGGGACACUUUCUCCAGGGACUGCAUCCCUGGGCUGUGCAGCGCCAGCUCCUGAGCCGGAGACUCCAGGUAUCUUCCCGGAGACAGCAGAGAGCAUUUUCCAUGGAGCACUGGGUGUUUCUGGACCCUCGGCAGAGGGCACUGUACAGAGAUGUCAUGCAAGAGAGCUAUGAGACCCUGAUGUCACUCAAGUACCCCAUCUCUAAACCAGAUGUCAUCUCUCGGCUAGAGCAAGGGGAAGGAAUGUGUGUCCCAGAUCUCCAGGACUCUGGGGAAAAGGAGAACCCAGGAGGAAUCAGCGCAGGGACAGCAAGCGAGGAUGAGGUGGAAGAUCUGGGGCAGGGAGGUUGCCAGCAGAUGGACCAAUGUGGAAUAUUGGUGGGGAAAGAAGAGAGAGAUGCUGCGCCGAAGCCGCACGGGGGAAAGCCUCGCAGGCCAGAGGGGAGCCCUUUGGGGAAGAAAGGUGACCAGGCAGCUCCAUGGAAUGGCAGCCUCAAGAGACUGAGAGCUGGAGCAGCCACAGGGAAGGACCAUGGCACGGAGAGGCCUGAAGUGGGGCUGAACAAAGCCUUGCCCCUGGCUGGUGAGGAGUUCUGCCUCUGCCCUGAAUGUGGGGAGAACUUCAAGGACAGGGCCUCUCUGGGCACGCACCAGGUGUCCCACAUGAAGCAGAAGCCUGGGCCGGGUCGCCGCCUCCCAGUGCCCGGUGGCAAGCGCUAUCGCUGCCCAGAGUGUGGGGAGCGCUUCCGCGUGGGCUCCCACCUGGCCACCCACCUGCGCCAGCACACAGGGGAGAAGCCAUUCCGCUGCGCCGACUGCGGGAAGGGCUUCGACUGGGGCUCGCACUAUGCCCGGCACCGGCGCCUGCACACAGGUGAGCGGCCCUUUCAGUGCGCCGACUGUGGGAAGUGCUUCGGCCGCUCCUCCCAUCUGUACCGGCAUCAGCGUGCCCACGCUGGUGGCCAGCCCCUGGAGUGCCCGCACUGCAGCAAGGCUUUCAACAGCAGUGCCUUCUUCCGCAAGCACCUGCGUGCCCAUGCUGCCCCACCACCCUCCCACCGCUGCCCCGACUGCGGGGAGAGCUUCCUGCGCAGCGCCGCGCUGGCACGGCACCGCAAGUCCCAUCGGGGCGAGAAGCCCUUCCGCUGUGGGGACUGUGGCAAGGGCUUCGCCUGGAGCUCGCACCUGGAGCGACAUCGGCGCGUGCACACGGGGGAGCGCCCCCACACCUGCCCGGACUGCGGGGAAGCCUUCAGCCAGAGUGCCCACCUGGCAAAGCACCGGCGUGUGCACGUGAGCAAGCACCUCCAAGGCUGCGGGGACUGUGGGAAGGGCUUCAACGAUGUGGCGGCCCUGCCCAAGCAUCGGGCAGCCCACACCAAGGGGAGGAGGCGCCGGGUGGGCACGAGGCGUGUGGGGGUGCAGCCAGUCACAGCAGAGACUCCCCAGCCAGGCCUGGACUGUGGGGAGAGCGCUGCCCAGGGCACAGUACUGGCCCAGCCCCAGAGGAGCCAUGUGAGAGGCCAGCCUGGCCGCAGGGCAGAUUCAGCCCAAGGGCAGCCCCCAAAGGAGAGCUCCUCACAUGCCUGCCUUGACAGCGGGAAGAUCUUUGCUCCAAGCCCCACCUUGACCCGGCACCAGCGGAGCCAGGCAGGGUAUCAGCCUGAGGGGGGCCCAGGUGCCAAGCCAGACAGCCCUCCUGGGGGGAGCCCCCCCCAACCCUGCCCCAGCCGCAGGAAGCGCUCCCCCCGACGUGCUCAGCUGGAGCAGCGCCAACGCCUGUGCACAGGAGAGACUGCCAAGUCCUGCCCUGAGUGUGGACAGGAAUUCGGGCAGGGCGCAGCGCUGGCACGGCACCGAAGGAGCCACCGGGGUGAGGACCCCUUCCGCUGCGGGGACUGUGGCAAGGGUUUUGCCUGGAGCUCACACCUGCAGCGACACCGGCGCGUGCACACCGGUGAGCGUCCCCACGCCUGUGCAGACUGCAGGGAGGCCUUCAGCCAGAGUGCCCACCUCAUCAAGCACCGGGCAGCCCACACCAAGGGGAGGAGGUGCCGGGUGAGUGCUGAGCAGGCAGGGGCCCAACCAGCUGCAGCAGAGACACCCCAGCUGUGCCCAGACCACUGGGAGAAUGCUGCCCCGGGUGCGGGGCCAGCCCAGCCCCAGGGUAACCAUAAGAAACCCUCCCAGGGCAGGGCCUGCAAGAAGCGGUUUGGGCGCAGUCAGCAACAGCAGAGCCAGCUGGAGGAGGCACCCACCCCUCAAGGGGCUGACUAAUGGGGUGAGGGCCUCUGCCAAAGGAGGACACCGGAGAACCCAUGGAGGGAAGGGAACCUCACAGCCUUCCAGUGUGAGCUCUGCCCAUGACAGCAACCUGCACCAGGCCAGUGAGCCUGAUCCACGGAGAGGGAGAAGCUGGGUGGGGAGUGUGCGAGGGAACCAAAGAUUCAGCGAUGAAGGAGCUGCCACGUUUUCUACCUCACAUCUACCUCUCCCAACACACACACACGCACACACACACACACACUCUUCCCUUCCCUCUAUCAAGCAGGACUCAGGGCCAUUUCCUCUUAUUAAUGACUCAACAUAGGUAGGGAAAGGUGUCAUUUCUGUCCCUUGGGAACCAGGGGAAGCAGAAGCAACCCUGCAAGCAUAGGAAAGGAGGGGUUGUGUGAGCUCAUGGGACUUGCUGCUGUAGGAGAGGUGGCUCUGGGGGAGCACUUCCUUCUGGGCACAGGAGAAUCCAUCUGAGCACUAAGAUUCAUUAAUUCCCAGGCAUCCUGUUUAUACUGUGCCCCUACUGGCCCCAUUGCCCUGUUUAUACUCUUUUCCAUUUAGCCCAAGUGCUCCAUUUAUACCCCCCAUAGUACUGUAGCAUUCCCUGUUGGCCCAAGUGUCCCAUUACAAAUGUUCCCCAGUAGUCUGAACGCCCCAGUAUAGCUGCUCCCAUAAACUGAGUGUAUAUUUGAAUUGCUGACUCAGGAUGUUUCAAAACAGGAAGGGACCUAGAGCUCAGACACAGUAGUCUUGGAGCCCAGAUGGCUGAGAUCACUUAGUUCAUUGCAUGGUUUGAAAGGAAGCAGGUGCAGUCUGAAGGUCACUUUGGGGGGGGAAGAGAAAAGGAGGUGGCCUUCAGUCCUGAGAGGACAAUCGUGAGCCAUGCUGAGAAAGAUGGCAUGGAAGUGGCACUCCUUGGCAAGAGCCCUGAACCAAGACCCUUUGCUGCUGGACACCCAUUGCCCAUCAUUGCUUUGAUGUGUCCUUUGCCUGUGAGGCCACCUGCCAUCAGGGCAGGGGUGAGUGUCUCUCACAGGAAGAAAAAAGCAGGAACCCAAGGGUAUUACCAAAUCCAGUCCCCUGGCAGCCCCCAUCUCAGGCAUGUGUUGAUCCUGACUACUAACACUAGAAAUUACAUUGCUGAGGUUUAUUUUCUCCUGGUAUUUGCUUUUCCCUCUGUUAGGAAACAGCCUAUUUUACCAUAACACAGGAGCCCAAGGAAGGCAGGACCUGGGACCACUGAGUGACUCUGGGCAAAUCACUCCCUAUAGAGUCACAGAGCCAGAGAGGACCUCAGGGGCCAUCUGGUCCAACCCCUUGCACAACUGCAAGAGUGCUCAUCCUAAACUAUCCCUGUCCAGUGCUUAUCCAGCCUCUGGAAAACUUCCAGUGAAGGAGAUGCCACCACUUCCCUGGGAAGUCUGUUCCAUUGCUUCAUUGUUCUAACAGUGAAGUUUUUCCCUGGAUCUCAAUCUGCCAUGCUGCAGUUUUAUCCUAUUGCUUUGCACCCUCAUCCCUGUGGCAAGGGAGAAUGGUUGCUGUCUCCCAUAGAGCAGCCCUUAUAUUAAAUAUUUACAAACUGCUAUUGUGUCCCCACCUUGAUUUCCUUAUCUUCAAGUUAAGCCUGCCCAGUUUUUGCCUUCCAUCCCCUUUAUCGUUCUGAUCGCCUGUCUCUAGACUAACUUCUCCACCUCCUUAAAAUGUGGAGAAUUGCACACAGGACUCUAGCUGAGGCCUAGCCGGUGCCAUGGACCACCUUCUUGGUGCCUCUUCCUCUUUGCCACUCUUAAAAUUUAGACUGCCAGCUCUUUGGGACUGGCUUUGCAAGUCUGCGCAUCCAACCCUUGUCUCAGUCCUAACAGUGCAACUAUCCCAUUUCUUUUCAGGGGGCCUGAGCCUUGUUAAGUGGAUAGGCUUAGAAAUAAAUGCCAUGUAUUCUCCACCAUCACUUUCUAACAGAUCCAAGGACUCUCCUUGUCCAUGAAGAAAAGUUUGGUUAAUGCUGGGGGACAGUGUAGCAAACAGUUCUAAUUAUAGGGUUGGGUUGGGUUUUUUUAAUGCAGUGUAUUAAGGUUUCCUGCUAGUUAGUUUUAUCUUCUUUUUUUAAUUUCAGUACAUAGCCACUGUUAUAUUGGUCUCUUAUGAUUAAAACAUAACAAAUGCUGCAA